UACUCAUCUUCAACCUGCAGACUUGUUCUUGGCUAACAAUAUUCCAAACACUAAGAUGGCAGCGGUUGUGGAUUAUGAUCUGCGUGAGAAGGAGCUGAAGGCAUUCGACGAAAGCAAAGCUGGCGUCAAAGGAUUUGUAGACGCUGGAGUGACCAAGCUCCCAGGCAUGUUCAUGCAUCCUCCAGAGAAUCUGCUGAACUCUCCAUUCCCGGGAGAAGAAGAGCAGUAUCAGAAAGUUCGUAGCCUACAAUUUCCGGUGAUUGAUCUUAGCGGUUUUGAUAACAGCGAGAAGAGAAAAGAAAUCAUCAAUGACAUAAACAAAGCAGCUGAAUCAUGGGGAUUCUUUCAGCUGGUGAACCAUGGAAUCCCACUUGAAGCUAUGGAGGGGAUCCAGAGAAGUAUCCGAGAGUUUCAUGAGCUUCCCCAGGAGGAGAAGGCCAAGUGGUACUCGCGCGAUUUUACGAAGAAGGUUAACUUCUUCAGCUUUCAUGGAGAUUUGAAGGUGACGACGCCAGCUGACUGGAGGGAUACCUUGUCAUGCAAGGUCCUAGAAGACCCGAAAAGCUUUGAAGAAAUACCACAAGUUUGCAGAGGAGAAGUGAGUGAGUAUAUGAAACACAUCGAUGGAGUGCUACAGAAGUUAUCUGAGUUAUUUUCAGAAGCUUUAGGUCUUAGUAGUGAUUAUCUUGCAAGCACAAGGUGCUUCAGAGCGAGGUCAUUGGCGUGCCACUAUUUCCCGAUAUGCCCGGAACCCCAUCUGACCAUGGGGGGAACUAAGCAUACGGACCUCGGCUUUCUGACGUUGCUCCUCCAAGACAGCGUCGGCGGCCUACAAGUUCGUCAUCAAGGUUUUUGGAUUGAUGUUCCUCCGGUGAAGGGAGCUUUGCUAGCAAAUCUUGCUGACAUGAUGGAGAUAGUUACAAAUGGUAAGUUUAAGAGCGUGGAACACAGAGUUUUGUUGAAACCAACUGUGGAGCCUCGUAUCUCAAUUGCAUGUUUCUUGAGUACAGACGACCUCGAAAAAUCAUAUGGGCCGAUAAAAGAGCUCAUAUCGGAAGACAAUCCGCCGAAGUUCAGCGAAGUCAAAUUCGGAGAAUACAUGAAAAAGUAUAAACUAUAAAUUACAAGAAAGGACGAAUGGUGAACUCUGCAUUUUCUCAAUUUAGAGUAUUGUGUUGGUAUGCGACAAUCAUGUCGAAUUUUCAAAGUUAUGGAGAGUCGGGUGUAUGCAUCAUCAUCUUUGAAUAUUUCAUAUAAUUAAGAGAGUAAUAAUUGUUUUGAUGUUCUAUUUGUGUAUUAAAUUUGAACAUGAAAACAUCAAGCUUUAAUAUGCCCUUAAGAAUUAGAGAAGCUGACAUUUUCUAGCUAUAUGGGUAUCAUGUCGUGAACCUCAAACAAAGUUUGGUACGGUGAAGAAGAGAUAUGAAUUAAUUCAAUCUCUUAGUUAUAAUAGGACAAUGAAAAACUUACACACAGGUAAUUACGAUUGCCGCUACAUUGUCACGG